UACGAUUGCUAACGAAUCUUAAGAAUAUAUACACGUAUGCACCUACUUAGCCAAGUACAUACGUAUACGCAUGCCCACAUAUAUAGAAACGACAAUGUUUCUUUGUAACGAUCGAAACGAACCGAUAAAGAUGACAAUUGUCAAUUACGUAUUGUAGAUAUUGCACGUAAAAUUAGCACGAGAAUGUGACAGCAGUACGCUUUCCCUAUCAAUUAUUUGGCACGCGAUCAAGGCUAGUGACUGGAUGACAAACUCCCCACCCGGCCAAAAACUUUGUCCUACGAUCAUUCAAAAAAACCAACACCAAAACUUAUAUCCGAAGCAUGGUAAUAGUUUGCCGCGCGUUCGACGAACAUUUACAAGUAAUUUGCAUAUAGCUCCUCGAGCCGAUACGAAUGCGAAACGCGAUGUAAAAGAAUAUCCGAUUGAAAACUAUAGGUACAAUCCGUAAUUAACAGUGAAUUGCAUGUUCGGAUCGUUACGUCGAUAUUACGUGCAAGCGAUCGACGACGAAACGACAGAAGUUGUUCGAAACCGUGCGAUGCUUGUUCGAAUUGACGGUUGAAAAGUGCCGAGGAAAAAGCAAAUAAUUCGCUCUAAGAUAGAACAAAGUGAAAUAUCGGUUCGCUCGAGCCAAUAAUAUCGCCCGUGAAAAAUCAGGACACUGUACUGUUUGCGUCAACCUGGCACCUAAAGUUUCUUACGAGUAAAACAUAAUUUCUUUUCCUUUGCUUUUCUUUGGUUAAUUACCUCGUGCUCGAACGAAGCAGUAGUAGCGGUAGGAGAAACAGAGGUAAGAGAAGAGUUCGGUAACGGAUGGUAUCCGAACGGGGGUGUCUACACCAACUCGGAGCAACUCGCCGAUUACGAAAGUAGAAGACGUGGAAACGUGUGUCACCGAUCAGUUCAGGCGAUGCAGGCACGACGGUAUCAACAGGGAGAAAGAAAAAGAAAUAUUGAAGAUCGAAGAACACCCGUACAGCCGGGGCGUGCUCUUGAGACUGAGCUAGAGGACGCAUCUCAUCGCGACGUCGUCGUCGUCGUCGUCGUCGCCGUCGCCGUCGCCGUCGCCGUCGCAGUCGCAGUCGCCGUCGCAGUCGCCGUCGCCGUCGCCGUCGCCGUCGCCGUCGCCGUAGACAAGACGUAGCCGUCGGCCUCCGGCUGGAUUUAAUUUUAACGCUUACCACGAAAAUUUAAACGUCGUGGCUUGUUAGACAGUUUACGUAUUCAUGUAAAAGGAGGAUCUGGAGGUUCUGGACUUCCUCGUUAUGGUGGAAUAGGUGGAGCAGGAGGAAAUGUAUUUGUUGUAUCGGAAGAGGGAUUAACUUUGCAGAAAGUUAAAUCUAAGAUGAAAAAGGAAGUCCUGAAAGCUGCACCCGGUAAUCCAAGUACAUGGAGAGGAAUUAUCGGUCAACCUGGAAUGGAUUUGAAUAUAUCUGUUCCAGUUGGUAUUACCGUUUACAAUGAAAAUAAUGUCAAACUUGGUGAAGUAAAUUCAGAUGGAGCGAAACUUCUGGUUGCAAAGGGUGGUACAGGAGGUUGCGAAAGUACAGGGUACUGUGGUCUCAAGGGUGAAAAUCGAUCCAUAAUUCUGGAUCUGAAAUUAAUUGCAGAUGUUGGUUUAGUUGGGUUUCCUAAUGCAGGAAAAAGUACAUUUUUAAAUGUAGUUUCCAAAGCAAAACCAAAAAUUGCUAGCUAUCCAUUCACAACGAUAAAACCACAAAUAGGUACCAUAAGCUACAAAGAUUACAGGCAAAUAUCGAUCGCAGAUUUGCCUGGUUUAAUCGAAGGUGCUCAUAUUAAUAAAGGAAUGGGUCAUAGAUUUUUGAAACAUGUAGAGAGAACAAAAUUGUUACUGUUUAUUGUGGAUAUUCAGGGAUUUCAGUUAUCCUAUAAACAUACACAUAGGACUUGUUUGGAAACUGUACUGCUCUUGAACAAAGAAAUUGAGCUUUACAAGCCAGAUUUAUUAGAAAGACCUUCGAUGCUAUUAGUAAAUAAAAUGGACACAAAAGAUUCAAAUAAAAUGUUCGAUGAAAUCAAAUCAAAGUUAAAGAAUUUAUCAGAGAUUGUAUCAGAAUUCGAUGAAUCUAUGCAACCAGAGAAAGUUUUACAAUUUGAUGAUAUUUUACCAACAUCUUUAAUUUCAAUGAAUGCAAACGAAAUAAACGAAAUUAAAGAUAACAUAAGAGGUAUUAUUGAUAAAUAUGAAGAAGAAAAAUGUAAUGCAGACAGUGGUCGUUCAAAUGAAGAUGACCUAUUAAUAAAAUUAGAAAGGAAAAUACAACGAUAUACACCUACACUUGUAUAAUACUUACAUAAAUCUCUAUAUAGAGUAAUAAUUUUAUUAAGACAUUACAUGCUUUCUUAUUAAAUUGUUUAAAUGAGUUUCUCUCUUAUUUUUACCCACUUGCACUUUAUGUUUGCUGCUGUUACUUUGUCUACCCAAUUUUCUCCUAAUGGAGCUUUCUCUGCUAGAGCCACUUUAUCAAUGUCACUUUCAUUCUCAAUAAUAUCUGUAUCCGUCAUCCAUUUUUCCAUUCCAUUCCAUGCAAUCAUUAUUCCAUUAUCUGUGCAUAAUUCAGGUGGCGUUCUUACGAAAUUAAAACCUGAUUCUGUACUUACAAUAUUUAAUGCUUUAGCUAAAAAAUCAUUGCACGCCAUACCCCCUGAUACAACCUGGUUAAUAAAAUAACAAUUAAAUAUUAUAUACAAUUUAAUUGAUUUAAUACAUUUAAACGUACCAAUGUUCGUUUCUCUUGAGGAAAUAAUGACAUUUCAUCUAUAAAUUUCAUUGCCCUUUGAGUUUUCCGACAUAUAUGUGUUAUGGCAGCUAACUGAAAUGCUGCACAUAAAUUAUAUGCAUCAGGUAUUAUCAUAUCUGCAAUUAUGCCAUGUUUUUUUUCUUCUUUUUCAAUGUAAGUUGUACAUUUAGUAUAUAGUCCAGCAAAACUAAAAUUACAAUCACAAUACCGAUACAUCGAAGGAUGAAAUUCAAAUUGGUUAAUAUCUGAUGCUUUACGUGCUGCAGUUUCUAUAGCUAAGCCUCCACUAAGAGUACUAAAUUCUGGAAUAUUUUUCAAUUUGAGUCUUCGAGCAAUCUGCGAAUGUAAAUUUAUCUCAAAUUAUAGCAACUAGAGAAAACUUUUAUUUAAAUUUACAAUAAUACAACAUGAAAAGAGAAGAUAUCAUUCUUUUUACCUUAUCAAAAGUUUCUCCAGGUGGAUUGUCAAGAGUGGUUCCAAGUAAAUAAAAUUUAUUUGUAUUUUCUACAAUUGCAAGUAAACAAUGACCCCCAGAAACCAAUAGAACAAGAUAAGGAAAAUCGACCUAAACAUAAAAAGUUUAAUUUUACUUUAUACCUGUUUAUUAAAAUUCAUGUAAUAAGUACUGAUAUUUAUCAACAGACCUUCUCUUUCAUUCGUACUGUCAAAGCAUGAGCUUCCAUAUGAUGUAUAGGUAUAAAAGGUUUCUUGGCAAUUUUUGCUAAAUGCUUUCCAAACUUUAUUCCAACAGUAAGUGACAAAUGUAGACCAGGUUUUGUAGUUGUAGCCACUGCACUAACGUCUCUUAACUUCAAAUUUGCAGAUCUCAAUGCAUCUUCGCAGACUUUAGUAAUAUUAUUUACAUGCAAUGAACGAGCAAUUGUAGGAACUAUUCCCCCAUAACUAGCAGUAUAAAAUAACUAUUAGAAAAUAAUUUUUAUCAAUGAUAUAAUCAAUUUUAUUAACAAUCAUUUCAAUUCCGAUUACUUUAAAUGAGUAUGAUGUUGAGAAUUAAUAGCUUCACCUAAUACAGCCCCCGUGCUAUCAACAAUUCCACAACCUGUAUCGUCACAACUGGAUUCUAUUCCUAAGAUUAUAGCUGGUUUAUCGUGUAAAAACAUUUUUAAUAAAUUUGAAUUUCUUCCAUAAGGACAUGUUAAAGCAUUCAGAUUCAACGAAUGUUUCAACAAACAUUUAUAAUGUAACACGUGCAUAUUCCGAAUCAUUGUCUCUUUAAGUAGGCCU